ACAGCAGCAGCUCUCCAUUCUCACUAAGCUCUGCUAUUGCCCUCACUGCCCAGACAUGUUCUCAGCCACCUUGCAGAAUUCCAAGAAACUUCAGCAGAUAUGCAGACAGCUCCACAGCGCUGCUUUAAAAGUCGCUGUCAGUCCUCAGUAUGAAGAAUCUGUCACAAGCACUUUUGCCUCAUUCAUCACUGACAUUCGCCCUGAGCACCUCUCAGACGUUGUACGGCACAGAAGUAAGCGCAUGAUCCUGGACAACAUCGGAGUCGGCCUCGUGGGCACAACCACUCAUGUGUUCGACAUUAUUCUGCAGUACUGCCAGGAUUUGCACUCUUCUGGAUAUGGGAAAGCAGCUGUUAGCUCAGUGUAUGGAAGAAAGGACCUAAUGCUGUCACCAACCCUGGCUGCCUAUGUCAAUGGAGUUGCAGUUCACUCCAUGGACUUCGAUGACACCUGGCACCCUGCCACCCAUCCCUCAGGCGCAGUGGUGCCUUCCAUUCUGGCACUGAGCCAAUUGUUCUCUAAAGAGAAGCGAAUCAGUGGGGAAGACCUACUAACUGCCUAUAACGUGGGGAUUGAGGUGCAAGGACGGCUCAUGUGUUUCUCCCACGAAGCCAAGAAUAUUCCUAAAAAGUUUCACCCUCCCUCAGUUGUCGGAACCAUGGGAAGUGCAGCAGCAGCAGCCAAACUCCUGUCAUUAAACCGAGAGCAAUGCACCCACGCACUGGCCAUUGCCGCCUCGCUGGCUGGGGCUCCCAUGGCAAAUGCUGCAACACUUUCAAAGCCGCUGCACAUUGGAAAUGCCACCAGACUGGGCCUAGAAGCUGCACUGCUGGCCUCAAAGGGAAUGGAAGCCAAUGCUCUUAUUCUGGAUUACGUUCCCGGCUGCUCAGGUUUUAGUGCUUUCUAUGGAGAUUAUCAGCCCAAAUCAUUGUCCCCGGCAGGAGAGGACUAUGAAUUUCUCCUGGAGAAGCAAGACAUUGCCUUUAAGUCUUUCCCGGCACAUCUGGGAAUGCACUGGAUAGCAGACGCCUCCGUCUCUGUUAGAAACAGACUCAUAAACCACUAUGGCUCAUUCGAUCCAUCUGCCAUUCAGUCCAUAGUUCUCCGAGUCCCAGUAUCCAAAUACAUCAACAGGCCUUAUCCUGAGUCAGAGCAUGAGGCACGCCACUCUUUCCAGUUCAAUGCUUGCACAGCUCUCCUGGAUGGACAAGUCAACGUUGGCUCCUUCAGCGAGGACAACCUGCAUCGGCGUGACCUCCACCGCCUCUUGAAGAAGGUGGUACUGGAGCAUCCGGAAGACAAUGUGGCAAACUUCGAUAAAAUGUACGGAGAAGUCGUCAUUGUGCUGAAAAACGGAGAUGUGAAGAUAGGAAGAACCGACACGUUCUAUGGUCAUUGGAGGAACCCGCUGAGCAGGGAGUCUCUGCUGAAGAAAUUCCGUUCCAAUGCCCUCCAUGUGCUGGGGGAAGGCCAAGUGGAAGAUGUGAUAGAGAUAGUAGAGAACAUAGAAAGUGUCAGCGACGUCUCUCAGCUCCCACUGUCCCUUCAGUAACACAAAGUCACAAAUACCCAGUCAUACCCUGAAUGUUUCUAUGGUACAUUGACCUUCUCUGCCCGGUGGCAACCCUAUCUGCAGCCUGGCCAGGCCAUUUUCAUUUAUGUGUAAAUAUGUGAUUAAUAUGUAUUUAUCAUUAUUAUAUAUUUCAGCUUAAUAUUCCCUAAUUACUCAGGGUAAUUGCCCCCGGCUCUGAUUGGCAUUAAUACCUCAACUAUUAAUAGCAUUUUUUUUUAUAGCGCCUGUAAAUCAGAGCUGGAACAAACAGAUCAUUAGAAUCCCCUGUAAUGGUGAUAAUUGCAAUUCAACCUCAGUGAUCUUUUGGGACUAAACCUCUCCCCCCCCCCCCCCCCCCCCCCCCCACCCCAACUUGUUUACAUAUUAUUUAUUAUUCUAUGACUUGAAUGCAUUUAUAUUAUAUUUGUAUUAUUUCACUGUGAUCCACAUUGUUUUGUUAUUAUAUUGUGUUUAUAGUGUAUUCUGGUUUCCUUGAAGGUCCCAUUUAUAUGUCUGUUUGUUGUUAAACCUUAAAUAACAAUAAAAAGGGAAAGAAAACCCUAAA